AUGAUCGUAGAUUGGCACGCGACGCCGGUUCUCGUGGUGCAACACGAUAGGCUGACUCAGUCUAUGUGCUUGGUUGGCUCUACCCUGAGGGCUCCUCACGGUUGUCACUCUCAGUAUAUGGCUAAUAUGGGAUCUAUUGCGUCUUUGGCGAUGGCUAAUAUGUUGACACCGACAAAAGACGGAACAAAAUGGCUUAGUGAUCAAGAAGGGCUUUCAAAUCAAAUGUACAUAGGAAGAGGAAAAAGCAGGGCAGAGAAACGAGUGUGUUACUACUAUGGACGAGCAGGGCAGAGAAACGAGUGUGUCAUGAAACAAAGACACAGACUUUUUAUACCGAGACUUCUGGGAGUGAUGGAAGCAAGUUGA